AUGAUGGGACCAUCUCUUAUGGAUUCACCACCACGCAAAAUUUGUGAGACCUGUCUCCGCACAUCACCAGCUAGGAGAUAUUCAUCCUCGUAUCUUACAUACACGCUCCAAGGAAUUACCAUCAGUAAUAAAGACUCGGUACCGUUUGUUGUCUACGCAGACUUAAGGUGUACACUAGAACCUCAGGGGGAUGAUGAUAUUCAAAAUCACGUUCCACACAGCAUUGCAUUUUAUCGUCACUGUAAUUAUGACAAUAAUUUGUCAAAAUUUGAAAUUAAUCGUUCAUCUGAUUGCGUAAAGUGGUUUGUCAAUAAACUUGAAAAUUUCGCAUUUGAAGUUGAGCAGUAUUUAAAAAAUCCUAUACCUAUGAAACCACUUGACAAACAGCAACAAAAGAGUCAUGAUCGGUCAACUGUUUGUCGUAUUUGCGAAAAAACAAUAGCCUCUGAUAAAGAGAAGUGCUAUGAUCAUUGCCAUUUUACGGGUAACUAUCGCGGACCUGCAUACAUCUCAUGCAAUUUAAAUUACCCAAAAUCUCAUGUAAUACCGGUAGUUUUUCACAAUUUAUCUGGGUAUGAUUCUCAUUUUUUAAUUAAAUCAUUAGCAACUGUUUUUGAAGAUUCAUUUAGAUUCAUGGCAUCAAGUUUAGAAAAAUUAGCAUCCUAUCUUGAUGAUGACAAUAAACAAAUCACAAAAUUUCAUUACCCAGAUCCAGAAAAAUUCCAAUUAGUUACUCGCAAGAGUGUAUUCCCGUAUGAAUACAUUACAGACAUUGAUAAGCUUAGUGACAAACAGUUGCCCGAUAAAAACUCAUUUUUUUCAAAAUUAUCUAAUUAUGGUAUAACUGACGAUAAUUAUGCAUUUGCUCAACUUGUCUGGAAUAAAUUUAACAUCAGUACAUUAGGCGAGUACUCUGAUCUAUAUCUUAAGACUGAUGUAUUACGCUUGGCCGAUGUAUUUGAAAAUUUCAGACAAAAUUGUUUAAAUAAUUAUAACUUAGACCCGCUGCACUAUUACACAGCUCCCGGAUUAGUUUUUGAUGCUAUGCUGAAGUACACAAAUGUGGAACUGGAACUGUUGACUGACCCCGAAAUGGUACUUUUCAUUGAGAAAGGUAUACGAGGUGGAGUGUCUCAGUGUACUAAUAGGUAUGCGAAGGCCAAUAAUCGGUACAUGGGUAAUGAAUUUGAUGUUAACAAACCCGAGUCAUACUUGAUGUAUUUUGACGUCAAUAAUUUGUAUGGCGCGGCAAUGAGUAUGCCACUACCUAAAGGCUCAUUUGAUGCCAAUGACAAUGUAGGAUAUAUUUUAGAAGUAGACUUGCACUAUCCUCAGGAGCUACAUGAGCUACACAAAGAUUUACCAUUGUGCUCUGAGCACUUUUUACUACCGGGUAGCAAGUCUACUAAAUUAUGUUUAGGAAUGCAGUUGAAAAAAAUUUAUCGCGUACUUAAAUUUGAGCGAUCCCCAUGGCUAAAGACAAACAUCGACAAGAAUACAGACUGUGGGAAGGCUGCCCAAAAUGAGUUUGAGAAAAAUUUCUUCAAACUCAUGAAUAACGCAGUCUUCGGUAAGACUAUGGAGAAUGUUAGGAAACACAAAGAUGUUCAAUUGGUUACAGGAUGGUCUGGUCGAUAUGGUGUAUCAGACCUUAUUUGUAAACCUAACUUCCAUAGUCUUACUAUCUUUGACAAAGACAUGGUUAUAGUGGAAAUGAAAACAACCCAGGUAUAUUUUGACAAACCUAUUUACACUGGGUUCGCGAUUUUAGAUUUUAAAAAAAUAUUUGUCUAUGAUUUCCACUAUAACUAUGUCAAACAGAACUUGACAAACCAACAAUCUAAGUUGAUGUACAUGGACACUGACAGUUUAAUUCACCACUUUACAGUACCAGACAUCUACGAAAUCAUGAAACGUGAUAUUUCAAAAUUUGAUACGUCGGACUACCCCCCUCAAAAUUCGUACAAUAUGCCAAUAGCAAACAAAAAGGUCCCAGAUCUGAUGAAAGAUGAGAAUAAUGGGAAAAUUAUGACUCAUUUCACCGGACUUAGGGCCAAAUUAUAUGCAUACAAAAUUAUGAAUGAUAGCAAUACUAAAAAACGAGCAAAGGAGAUCAAAGGUCCGACGUUGCGAACUAUCACGUUUGAUGAUUUCGAGAGCUGUCUUCACGAUCACAUUAACGUGACGAAAAAACAGUACUUAAUUAAAAGUUUAAAAUAUGACGUGACGACAGUAGCACAGCACAAAAUAGCCUUAAGCUGGACAGAUGACAAACGACAACUUUUGGACAACUUAACCGACCCAUUGCCAUGGGGAUUUGCAUCAAAUAAUGAUAAUGAUGAUGAUGAUAAUGAUAAAGACGAUGAAAAUAAUUAG